CAGAAUCUGCUGCAGAAUAAAGAGAAGUGACUUCAGGUUUCUAGGACGUAAAGAUACACUGAUGGCUGCCUUCAUACGCAGAAGACAUCAGUUAUCAUUAGCGUAGUCACAAGAAAUAAACCUACGUGGUUGAUUUGAUCUUUGGGUUCAGAACAAAAAGUCAUUUGCUGUACAUAACAUGAGGUGAAAUGUUCCAGACAAGCAGAAUCAUGGAAAUGCCACUUAGCCAGAAAUGACGUCCACCCGUCGUCCAGCAUCAGAGAAUAAGAACUUCAGAGGAAGGAAUGCAACUUCAUAAAUAGGAAACCACAGAUACUAAUGGGGAGCAGAGGCAAACCUGCAGGUUAAAAAGUAGUUGCAAGAGAAGCUCAUACAUCCACACUGCGUGGAGAUUCAAAGAUGAUUUCAGCUCUAGCCUGUUUUCUCCUCUGCCUCUCUUGUCCUUUUUCAUCAUGUCAGCAGAGAAGAGCAGGAAUUGAAGUUGGGCCUGAAAUGCUGGAAGAGAUGAGAGAAACGAACCGUGUGUUAAUGGAAGUUCGAGACUUGUUGAAACAGCAGAUUAAGGAGAUAACAUUCCUGAAGAACACAGUCAUGGAGUGUGAUGCCUGUGGCAUACACACUGAAGCAACAGGCCCCGUCAUCACUGUGACACAGUUUAACAGAUGUGUCCCAAACCCCUGCUUCCCUGGAGUGGCCUGCACUGAGACCAGCACUGGCUUCCGCUGCGGACCCUGUCCCCCAGGCUAUUCAGGGAAUGGGUCCCAGUGCACAGAUAUCAAUGAGUGCAGUGCAAACCCCUGCUUCCCAAAGGUCCAGUGCAUUAACACUGCUCCUGGCUUCCGCUGCGAUCCGUGCCCUCCUGGCUUCACUGGGCAAAUGGUCGAAGGAGUUGGCCUAGCUUAUGCCAGGGCCAACAAACAGGUUUGCACUGACAUCAAUGAAUGUGAGACAGGUGCUGCCAGAAAUUGUGUCCCAAAUUCUAUCUGUAUCAACACACGGGGAUCCUACAAGUGUGGAGCUUGUAAACCUGGCUUUGUUGGGGAUCAAAUCACUGGCUGCAAGAGCCAGACAGGGAGACUCUGCCCUAACGGUGAAGUCAGCCCAUGCCACGAGAAAGCACAGUGCAUCGUGGAGCGGGAUGGGUCCAUCUCGUGUGCGUGCCUUGUGGGGUGGGCAGGGAAUGGCUACAUCUGUGGGAAGGAUACAGACAUUGAUGGAGUCCCUGAUGAAAAGCUGCGCUGCUCUGACAAGAAGUGCCGCAAGGAUAACUGCAUGACUGUCCCCAACUCUGGCCAGGAGGAUGCAGACAGGGAUGGAAUUGGAGAUGCCUGUGAUGAUGAUGCUGAUGGAGAUGGGAUAUUAAAUGCCGAGGACAACUGUGUGUACACACGCAAUGCAGACCAGCGCAAUGCAGACAAGGAUAACUUUGGUGAUGCCUGUGACAACUGUCGCCAAGUGAAGAACGAUGACCAGCGGGACAUUGAUGGUGAUGGGAAAGGAGAUGAGUGUGACGAUGACAUAGAUGGAGAUGGAAUCCGAAAUCCAACGGACAACUGUGUAAGAGUUCCUAACCCUGAUCAAAAAGACAGUGAUGGUGAUGGAGUAGGAGAUAUCUGCGACAGCUGCCCAACAGUCAGUAACCCAGACCAGAAAGAUACUGAUCAUGAUCUCGUGGGAGAUGUCUGUGACACCAACCAGGACAGUGAUGGCGAUGGCCACCAAGAUACAAGAGAUAACUGCCCAUCAGUGCCUAACAGCUCCCAGGUGGACACAGACAAUGAUGGACUAGGAGAUGAAUGUGAUGAUGAUGAUGACAAUGAUGGGAUUCCAGAUGAGAAACCUCCAGGCCCUGACAACUGUCGGCUUGUCCCUAACCCUGGCCAAGAAGAUUCGGAUGGUGACGGUGUAGGAAAUCUUUGUGAAGAUGACUUUGACAGAGACAUGGUGAUUGACAGAAUUGAUGUGUGCCCAGAGAACGCAGAAGUGACACUAACAGACUUCAGGGCUUUCCAGACGGUUGUGUUGGACCCUGAGGGUGAUGCACAGAUUGACCCCAACUGGAUUGUCCUUAACCAGGGCAUGGAAAUUGUCCAAACCAUGAACAGCGAUCCUGGCUUGGCUGUAGGUUACACAGCAUUCAAUGGAGUGGACUUUGAGGGCACGUUCCAUGUCAACACUGCCACAGAUGAUGAUUAUGCUGGCUUCAUAUUUGGCUACCAGGACAGUUCCAGCUUUUAUGUGGUCAUGUGGAAGCAGAUGGAGCAGACAUACUGGCAGGCAAACCCCUUCCGAGCAGUCGCAGAACCUGGUAUUCAACUGAAGGCAGUGAAGUCCAAAACAGGCCCAGGUGAGUACCUGCGCAAUUCUCUCUGGCACACUGGGGACACCACAGACCAAGUCAAGCUGCUGUGGAAGGACCCUCGCAACUCUGGCUGGAAGGACAAGACGUCGUACCGCUGGUUCCUGCAGCAUCGGCCUCAGGUUGGAUACAUCAGAGCUCGCUUCUAUGAAGGCCCAGAGGUUGUAGCAGACACUGGAGUUGUCCUUGAUACAACUAUGCGAGGAGGGCGCCUGGGAGUCUUCUGCUUCUCCCAAGAGAACAUCAUUUGGUCAAACCUGCGUUACCGCUGCAAUGAUACUAUUCCAGAAGACUAUGAAACAUUUAAAGUUCAGCAAGACUAGCCUGAGUUUUAAAUGUCCAACAAAAUUUGCUUAUAAAAAAGUGCUCAGCUGCCCCACUGUUGCCUCUGGUAUACUGUAUAAAGAACUGUAAGUAAUAUACCACUGCACUCUGCACAGCACCAAGUGUCACUGCACUAUCUGGCAUGUUUUCUACAACAGCAACUUUUCUGUAAAUGCUACAAAAUCCUCUUGGAACAGCAGAAGCACAGAUGUCAAGUGUGCCUCGAAGCCUGUGCUGCUGUUCUCUACACUACAUGGAGAAAGAUGUGCUGAGAAGCUACUGCAGUAGCUGAAUUGUUUGACUAAGAUUAGUGUGGAUGAUUCCCUGGACUUUUUUCCCCUACUCAAAGGCUCUCAAGUAUAAAUGUUAUCUUUUUCAAGACCUACUCAAGCAAAUCCAGCACAGGUCUGAAAGGGUCAGAGAAAGCAGCCUAUGUCCAAGUUGCUCACAAAGUAUUAAAAAAAAGAAAAAGCACUUUAGGGAGAGUAUCUUUGUUCUGGAAUGUUGGAUAAUAAAUACUCUAAUAGAC